AUGAAAUUUGGAGCUUGUGUACGCGUUCUCAAUGGGGCCAGGAACCUAGAUCAGCAGUAUCGGAAAUAUGCUUCAUGUACAGGUGCUGGAAUCGGCUCGCUCUUCCAGCGGAGACGAUGCUAUUGUGAAGAUGCCAGGUAUCGUUGCUCGGCGUUUUGGAAACCUUCGUCCAAGACCCAUGAAGAGAAGAAAACGAAGAAUGGGAAGGAAGACUCGAAUAUCUUGUUAGCGCAAGCUGGCUUCAUUCGACAAGCAUACUCGGGUAUCUUUCACCUACUUCCUCUAGGUCUUCGGGUUCAGGAUAAAAUCGAACGCCUUUUGGACAAGCAUAUGCACAGUUUACAAGCUUCAAAAGUUUCACUAUCGUCGCUCUCGUCACAGGACCUGUGGGUGAAAUCAGGACGUCUGGGAGCAGGGACAGACGUCUUCACAUUCUCAGACCGCAAGGACGCAAAAUGGCUGUUGUCUCCAACCCACGAGGAAGAAAUUACGGAACUUGUCGGUAGCCUGGUUCAGUCCUACCGAGACCUCCCUGUUAAGCUAUACCAAAUAUCCAGGAAGUACAGAGACGAGCCACGGCCUCGUCAAGGACUACUACGUGGUCGAGAGUUCCUGAUGAAAGACUUGUACACAUUCGAUGUCGAUGUUCCCGCUGCACUGCGAACUUAUGAUGGCGUGAGGGCGGCAUACAACAAAUUCUUUGAUGAGUUGAAAAUACCCUACAUCGUGGCAAGGGCAACUUCUGGAAACAUGGGAGGAGAGCUCAGCCACGAAUAUCACCUACCAAGCUCUAAAGGUGAAGACUCUAUUCUGUCAUGCUCCCAUUGCGACUACGUGAAAAACGAGGAGCUCGUAACGAGCAGACAAGUAAGCAUCCGCCUACUUGAGUCUUGUGACUUCGACAUUUCAAGCGCUCUCGAAGAGCUCCCCAAACUGAAAGAGGCCGUAUUCAUCACCAAUGACAAGGGGAGCUUGGUGAAAGCUUACUGCAAACGUUGGGAUGCAGUUGCAUCGAAUGCCACUUCUGAGAACGAGAUCAACCCAUAUGCAGUCAAAGCUGCGAUUCCCGAGGUCGCUCUUGGAAUCGAAAAUCCUUCUGAGCAAUUUUUCUCUUCAAAUUCCACUCGCGGCCGUACUCUGUACAUGUUCGACGAUCAAAUCACCUGGUCGGACGCUCAAGCCCAACUUGCCACAGAACGAGGCCCCAGUAGCCCAGCAAACGCACCUAUGUUAAUCGUGGAGAGCCCUUCUGGCUCGUUGCGCAUACCAGACCUGGUCAAGCCGCAAACUGGCGACCGGUGUCCCGCUUGUUCAGAGGGAAGAAUCCAGGUCCAAAAGGCUAUCGAGAUUGGCCACACUUUCCAUCUCGGCACUCGAUAUAGUGAAGUAUUGAACGCCAAAGUGGCAGUUGGUCCUGGAUCAAAGUCUCAGCACGAAGUUUUCAUGCAGAUGGGUUGUCACGGUAUUGGGGUGUCACGGCUGAUGGCAGCAACUGCUUCAGCUUUAUCAGACACAGUGGGCCUUAAUUGGCCACGUGUGAUUGCGCCGUUCGAGGUCAUCGUUAUCCCUCAUCAGCUGCGCGACGUGGAAGCAUGCGUUGCCGUGUACGAUCAGAUGCUACAGGGUGAACCGGCAUGCAACGAUGCGAUCGUCGACGAUAGAGAGAAAGACUGGUUGUCCAAGUUAAGAGAAGCAGACAUCAUCGGCUAUCCAGUCAUCGUGUUUCUUGGAAAAGCAUGGAAGGAGCGUGGUGUGUAUGAGGUGCAAUGUCGUCGGUUGAAAGUCAAGCAGACGGUGCCAGGCGUGGAGCUUUCAGGCUUUGUUAGGGGGCUCCUCGAACAGUUGAUUGAUACUCUUACCAAGGACACGUUCAUCCCACUACAAGACGACCAAGUAAACGGUCGGAGAUUCCCAAAUCUAGCAUCUUCAACCAUCCCAGCUCGCCCUCCCCCACCGUUCACCCUCAUCCUCCUCCCCGUCGGCACCACCCCAUGCCGCUCCGUCUUACAGAAUGACAACCUCCUCCCAACUCCCACCAGGAGCAGGUCCGUCCUCCCAUCAAUCCCUCCCACCCCCUCUUCGAUUUUACGCACUAACGCCACUUCUUCCCAACCGUGCACAGUCGACAUCACCACCCUCGCCGCGCCGCAGCUCUCGAGCCUGCAAGCGCGCCUGUCCCAGGAGAUCGAACACCUCAGCACGUCGCACACGCGGCUCCGCUCCGCGCAGCAGCGGUUCCGCGAAUGCAUCCAGAGCAUCGAGGGCGGUGUACGCGCGCAGAAGAAUGAAGCAGAGAUCUUGAUCCCGCUGACGACCUCCCUCUACGUGCCUGGCAAACUGGCAGACCGAGAGAAAGUGAUUGUGGAUAUCGGGACGGGGUUUUAUGUUGAGAAGACCACCAAAGACGCGAUCAAAUUCUACAACGGCAAAGUGGAGGAUUUGGGCAAGAACCUAGGCGAGCUGGAAAAGGUCAUUGGCGGCAAGAGUGAGAAUGUGAGGAUUGUAGAAGAUGUGUUGCGGCAAAAAGUGAUGCAGGGAGAAUCGGCCACUGGCGCAGGGGGGCCAGGGUAG